UCCUUCUGCCCUUCCAUUCCUCCUCCCAUCUCCUACCACCCCGUUGUGAUCAAAAUGCAACUCCCGUCGCUCUGAGAACUCACCUCCAUCGCGGUUCGAGUGGCACGCGUCCCUCAAACCCCGUUCUGUCUGACUGACUGGGUUAAAUGAAGAUACUUUAAGGGAGCUUGUGUCAGCGGAGAUGUUGGCAGGUGCGUUGGUUCUGGGCAUCAUCCUUACAGCUUUACCAAGUAUCGAGAGCAGGUGGAGUGUGUCAUUUUCCAGGAAGGAGAUCUGUGUGUGGGCAGGAACAACCGUCACUCUUCCCUGUCGUUAUGACUACCCAUCAGGCCACACUGUGAAGCGGGUCAUGUGGUUCCGUGUGUCUGCAGAAGGUCGCAGGGAGUUCACUCACCACACUGACCCCAACGAGAUCAGCCUGUCAUACCGCGGACGCACUCGCUACAUCGGGGGCAGCUACUCCAGCUGUUCAGUCCAGAUCCGUGUUGUCAAGCUGAGCGAUGCAGGCCAGUACCACUUCAGGUUUGAAACGGACCAACCGCUGGGGAGAUGGACCUCCUCUGACACCAUCACUCUCGAUGUAACAGACCUCCAGGUCCGGGUGCAUCCAGCAAGGCCCGCCAACAUGUUUGGCUUGGGAGAGACUGUGUUUGUAGGCUGCCAGGCCAGAGGAUGUGCUGCUCCAGGAAGAAGCCUGGCACUGUACAGAAACGGACUGAACCUCGGCUCCUAUGAGACAUGGAUGACUAUCAACCGCUUUGACCAGCAGCGCGCUGGCGCGUACACCUGUCGACCAAUCCCGCCCCAGAACGUGCAGUCGCCAUCCCUCCCGCUGGCUCUGGGAUACGGUCCACGCUCAACCUCCAUAGCAGUCUUUCCAGUAGGGGAGGUGUCAGAGGGGGAGUCAGUCACCCUCACCUGCAGUAGUGACGCAGCUCCACCGGUGGAAAGCUUCGCAUGGUUCAAAGACAUGGAGAGUGGCAGCAUCCCAGACAGUUUUAGGCCUCAGCUCCGCCUGUCCCACCUCAUAUACACGGACAGAGGAGAGUACUUCUGUGUAGCACGCAACUCACUGGGCACAGACCGCUCCAAUCCGCUGCUACUCAAUGUCACCUAUUCUCCAAAAAACACGCGUGUGCUGGUGAGCCCUCCAUCUGACAUCAGAGAAGGCUCAUCCGUUAACCUGAGCUGUGUCAGCCACGCCCACCCUCCUGCCAGCAGGUAUGCUUGGUUCCGUAUCCUAGGUGACCAGGUGUUGGCUAAAGGAAGCUCCCAGAACCUGACCUUCCCAUCAGUGCGUGCUCACCUUGCUGGUCAGUACUACUGUACAGCCUGGAACCGCUUUGGAUACCAAGCCUCCCCUGUUGCUACACUCACUAUACUUUACCCUCCUAAGAACACCUCAGUUCUAGCUCGUCCCUCCAGUGUGGUGGAUGCUGGCCGACCUUUGACCCUGACCUGCAGCAGUCAAGCCAACCCUGCAGUGGACAACUUCACAUGGCACCGCUUAGCUCUGGACGGGGGCAGUGUACAAUCGUGGGGCACCAAGUCUGGUCCUGUCUUCACCUUCUCAGAGGUCGGCCCCAGAGAAAGCGGCCAGUACUACUGCGAGGCCAGGAAUCGAAUCGGAGCCCACAGCUCUCCUGUCCUCACUGUGAGAGUCAGAGGCCGUCUUAAGGUCAUUGCCUUGGCGUCAGCAGUAGGCGUGUCUGCUGGACUCAUCACUCUCACAGUGGCCAUUAUGAUCAGUAAGAACAUGCACAGAGUUGACAUGGAUUCAGGAGAAGUAGCAAACAAGCGUCCCUCAGUGACAGCUGACACCAUGUUCUAUGAGUCAGCCCAACAGACCUUUCCAGUGAGAAAGGGCAAGAUGUCCGACAUACCGGAGGAGCCAGACGACUUGAGUGACAGCGGCCACCCGGCCAUCGUUCCGCUGAAGGAUGCUCCACCAAUCACAGAAGUUGAAACUCACAGCCCCGCCCCUAACUACAUCACUGUCCACUAUUCCAAGUUGUCCAGUGUGGACCAGGUGCAGGUCCACAAUCUGCCAGUGGGUGGUGAUAAAAAGCCGAAGGAUUCCUCCAAAGUUGUUUACACUUUACUGCACCAGCGUCUCCACUUUCUAACAAUGGAACAUUUUAUUCUGAUUAUUCUGGUAAUAAUAUCGCCAGGCGUGUGGAGUGGAGACUGGAGGGUGACCGUCGAAGAUGAGUGUGCUGUAAAAGGGACGUCAGUAGUUAUUAAGUGCGAGUAUGACUAUCCUUUUGGUCAUAUUGUCACUUCAACCAGCUGGUCUAAAGCCCUGUAUGUAGAUGGAGAUUGGAAGCUGUUUCUCCUUUCACAAAUCCCAUCACCCCCAAACCACUUUCAAUAUGUGGGCAACCAGUGGAGUGACUGCAAACUGAAGAUCAAUGAUGUACAACACAGUGAUGAAGGCGCAUACUUUUUUAAUUUUUUGACAACGCUCAACAGAUGGAGAAGUAAAACAUUUGCUCGCUUGUCCGUAAAAGAGUUGACUGCUGUCGUACAGCCGAGCACUGUGACAGAGGGAGACGUUGUCACGUUGACAUGUGUGUCAGGUUGUCUCACACCUGUAAACAUUGUCUGGUUCAAAGAUGGACAACGUGUACCAAAUCCUGUCUUCCAGGCCGGGAGAGAGGAUGCUGGGAGGUACCACUGUGCCGUCCUGGGACAGGAGACGGCCAGAUCUGCCUCUGUGGCUCUGAGUGUUCAAUAUGCUCCCAGGAAAGUCAAGUUGUCAAUGAAUCGAUCAGUAGUCAAAGGAAGUUUGGUGACUUUCACCUGCAGCAGUGAGGCCAACCCACCUGUGACGCUAAGUGGAUACAGCCUGUAUAAAGACGGACACUUCAUCAGUUCAGGACAGAAUCACACCAUCUCUGACGUCCAGCCCAGCCACGGGGGGCUGUACUACUGUCAGGCCUGGAAUAACAUCAGCUGGAGGGGCAUCGCCCGGAUUAACUCCACGGAGGUUCAGCUUGAUGUCUACUACCGUCCAGAGAACCUUUCCGUUUCAAUGGACCCGCCACAUGUUGCUGAAGGCAGCAGUGUGAAUCUGAGCUGCAGCUGUGCUGCUAACCCUGCAGCAGACAACUACACCUGGUACAAGGCUUCUGGUUCCAGUUUCAGCUCCCUGAUCCAGGUGGGCUCAGGACAGGUGCUGUCUCUCCCCUCUGUGGAGGCGUCCCACACCGGACUCUACCUGUGCCAGGCCAGGAACCCACUGGGGCAAAACAACUCGACUGCGGUGCUGCUCGCAUUGAAGGAAAAGGACCAUGGAAGCCUGUUCUUCCCUAUCUUAGCUGGAUUUGGAGUCUUGAUUUUUGUGACACUUCUUCUACUUCUUCUUUUGUUCUGGCUGAAACAGAGGACCCGGGCAGAGAAAAAGGUCCCCACAUCGUAUGAAGAUGAGGUCACGUACUCAACGGUGACCUUUAAACCCAGAAACCCCGGUCUUCCACAUCACACAAACAACAGCAGAGUGGCACCGGACUCCAGGUUCAAAACCGGAGAGGACGACGACUCUGUGAUCUACGCUUCAGUGGCUGAAUCCAGCUGAGACGGAUUGAAACCUUUCACUCUUUUUUUGAGUGCAGCUUCAUCAUCAU